AUGUUUUCUGCCGAUAAAUUUGAUCAUCGAAUCUAUCUUGGCAACUUACAAUCAGUACUAAAUUUACCAUCAGAUAUUACUCAUGUCUUGACUGUUCUCGAUUUCGAACCAACACUCAAAAGAGACGAUGCGUCAGUCAAAAUCAAACGUUUGUAUAUCAAUUCUCAUGAUGUACCUCACAUGGAUCUUCUGGGUGAAUUUGAACAAUGCUACGAUUUUAUUACACAAGCGUUGGAAGAAAAUGACGCGAAUCAAGUGUUAAUUCAUUGUUACGCAGGGAGAAGUCGAAGUGCUACAAUUGCCCUAAUGUACUUAAUGAAAAAGUAUCAGUAUACUUAUGACGAAGCAGAGAAACAUUUGAAAGAAAAGCGACCAGAUAUCUUAGUCAAUGAAGGCUUCAAACGUCAACUUCAACUCUUCUUCGAUCUUGGAUACACUGUUGAUCGUCAACAUAAACGUUACCUAGCACAUCAAUUUGAAUGUCUUCGACUGAAAUACAUUGAAACAUAUGGUUACGAGAGAAAACGUCAAAUAAAACAACAGUUCUUAGCACUCCUGCCGUCUGAGAAAUCUGUUCCGCCGUUCUACGUAUGUAAAGAAUGUCAAACCAACUUAUUCACCGAAAAGGAUAUAAUUCACAAGGAUGGGAAUCAUGCCUAUUUAACGUAUAUUUCAUUGAUAAUUGAACAAUUCGGUCCAUACGUGUGUGGCGACUUGAAGUGUCCCAACUGCGAGAAGAAACUGGGCAGCUAUCAGUUAGAUGGGAAGACGGUCAAUGGUGUAAAGCAAGAACCGUGCUUUGAAUUCGAUUUAACGUUGGUGGGAUAA